AUGUAUAAGAAAAAGGUACCCUCUCGUGGUGUGCCUGCACUAGGCAUGGGUAGAUCCAAAUAUGAUAACAAUAUGUUGGAGGCCCUUCAAAUGUACGAGUCUAAGAACUACAAAAAGUCAUUGAAGAUGUUGGAUGCUAUAUUGAAGAAAAACAGCAGCCAUAUUGACUCUUUAAUUUUGAAAGGUCUCAACUUGCAGUUUUGUGGUACUCCGGAGGAGGCAUCCAGUUAUAUUGAAAAAGCGUUAUCUAAAAUAGAUGGCACCGUGGUGAGCCCAAUUGGUGGGCAUUUGUUGGGUAUAUACUAUAGACAAGUGAAGAAUUAUGCCGAUGCUGUUAAGUGGUUCAAAGCUGCCCUUGAAAAUGGCUCGACUAAUACUCAGAUAUACAGAGAUUUGGCCACAUUACAAUCACAGAUCCAUGAUUUUAAAGGUGCUUUAGAAUCAAGAAAGAUGUACUGGGAAAACUAUAGGGGAUACCGUGCCAACUGGACAUCUUUGGCUGUUGCGCAUGAUUUGAAUGGAAACCUACAAGAAGCAGUUAAUCUCUUAUCCAAGUUUGAAGAACUUGCAGCAGGUAAGUUAGGUGAACCGGAAAUGUACGAAAAUAGCGAGUGCGCCAUGUACAAAAACGACAUCAUGUACAGACAAGCCGGUAACGACAAGCAAGCUCUAGAGCUGACAUUAAAGAAGUUAGAGGAUAUUUACGAUGAUGUCUAUGAUAAGUAUGGUUGGUUGGAAAGAAAAGCUUCUAUAUUGAUGAAACUUGGACAAACGAAAGAAGCUUCUUUAGUUUACAGACAAUUAAUAAAGAGGAAUCCUGACAACUUCAGGUACUACAAACUCUUGGAGGUUGCUCUUGGAACUCUUGGUAACGAAAAGUUGAGAAUAGCUUUAUAUGAAAAGCUAGCCAAGUUUUACCCUAAGUCUGAGCCUCCAAAAUUCAUUCCUUUAACAUUUAUUAAAGAUAAGGCCGUACUAACCGAUAAGCUACAAUCUUACAUUCUCGGUCAAUUAAAUCGUUGUGUUCCUGCCACUUUCAACAAUAUAAAACCACUUUAUAAGAAAGAAGGUAUUGCAGAUAUUGUGGAGUCUAUCGUGUUGCCUUACUACGAAGGACUAUCUUCAACUGACCAACCAUUGCAAUACGUGUGGAGUACUUACUUCUUGGCUUUGCAUUACCUACACAGGAAACAAUUUGAGGUAGCAAAUAACUACGCUGAUAAGGCUUUAGCACAUACUCCAACUCUUGUUGAGCUAUAUAUAUUAAAGGCGAGAGUGAUGAAACACUUGGGUUUGUUGGAAGAGGCUGCCGAAAUAAUGAAUAAUGGUCGUAAAUUGGACCUGCAAGAUAGAUUCAUUAAUGCGAAGACCGUCAAGUAUUUAUUAAGAGCAGAUAAUAAUGACGAGGCUACAGAAAUUGUUUCUUUAUUCACCAAGAAUGACCAUACUCAAAAUGGUGUUCCAGACUUACAUUUAUUGGAAGCCUCCUGGUUCAUUAUCGAACAAGCUGAAAGUUUCUAUAGAUCAUUUAAGAAGGCUACUAAGGAACUCGAUGCUUUAAAAUCCGUUGAUGUUGAGUCGAUUGCAGAUGAAGAAGCAGUCGCUGAACACGAUAAGAGUUUAAAAGAGGCCGAGUUCAAUGCCAAAUUGUACGAAGGUCUUGCAUUAAAGCGUUUCAUGGCAAUUCCUAAGAUCUAUAAACAAUUUGACGAUGAUCAAUUGGAUUUCCAUUCCUACUGUAUGAGAAAAGGUACACCUAGAGCAUACCUUGAAAUGUUACAAUGGGGCAAUAGUCUAUUCACAUUGCCUAUGUUUGUAAGAGCUAUGGAAGGUGCAUCAAAAAUUUCCUUCAGGCGUUUUGAUUUAAUGCAAACUUUGGGAUCUUCAGAUACUGCGGAAAAGGCGGAUACCAGUUCUAAGAAGAAGAAUAACAAAAAAGCAAAGAAGGAAGCUGCUGCUUUGAACAAGAAAAAAGAGGAAUUAAAGUCGAAGUACCAAGCAUAUACAGAUGAUAAAGAUGCAUUUGGAGAAGCUUUAUUGGACGAUCCAAAACCAUUAGAAUUAUUUGACAAGGAAUUCAUGACACUAUACACAUCACAUGUCACUGAUGCAACGAGGAGACACUUACUCGAGUUUGAGUUUAACUUGAGGACGGGCAAACUCGCUUUAGCACUUGGAGCUUUGAUUAAGUAUGUAAAAAGGUAUGGGAAAACCUCGGUCGCAGCAAGUAUGGCUCUCGUCUUGUCUGAAAACACCAAGGAUUCGUACCCACAUGACGCAAUUGCAAAGAAGGUCGCAUUAAAGGGCCUUGAGAAGGAGUUCCCUGAAUUACUUGAGGAAUCAGACCAUAAACUUGAACUAGUUAAAGAGAAGUUUGGAUUUUCUCUACCAUCAUUAUUAAUUCUUUAUCAUCAUGCAGGUGAUGAAUCGCUUCACUCUGAAGAGAUCAAAGAAGAAAUUAUGAGCGUUCUGAAAAAUGAAGAACCAGUUGUACAACACAACAUUCUCGAAUAUGAGUUUUAA